UUUUGUCUCCUCUGGCCUAGAGAAGAAACCCUUAUUAUCGCGCAGAUGGCUUGGUCUGAUCUCAUGAUAAGCUAUCCUACCAACAGCUUCGUGGCUGACGUCGACCUCGAGUGUCUGACCGCACUAGAAGCAAGGAUGUUCGAGGAUUCCGAAGCAGGACCUGCAGGCAACCAGCAGUGGGGUUUGGAUGCUGGCCAACAUCACAGGCGAUGGAAUAUGUAUCUCGGUCCCUCGGAAUUCCUGAUGAAUGGGUUUCUGGAAAAGAUUAUAGCGAGAGUGAACUUGAACGCGGCCCCUUAUUCAGUGAUAACACUGAUGCUACAUCUUUGGAGUCUGCAGACGAGCUAUCUGAAGCUGUAGUUCCUUCUCUGCCGGCCGAAGAAUGUCCACCCGUUAAAUGUCGAUGUGCUCCACAGGCUCGAAGGGUCCAGAGAGGGAGG